GACACAAGAAAAUAUGAUAGGCUGCUUCCGCGCGCGAUUUAUAAUGUUUUGCUCACUUUGCGAAAUCUCUUGAGUGUAGCUAACGUUUCACAGUUAUAAUGACUUGACUGUCAAUGCAUUUAACCUAGCUGGUCCUAUCAUCUCUGAAGAUAAGACUGGGCCAUGCGCAGCUGGAGGUGGCAGCUCUCCAGGAUGAUGAGCCUUUGCCUGCGCUGGUGCCGGCUGUGUCCUAAGCGAGGGGUGCGCCCCAGCAAGCCCCGGAGGAAGCUAGGAGAGCUGUGGAGCUACUGGAAGCUGCUGCUCAACUCCCUCUACUUCAACAGCCUCACCAACUCUGACACCUACCUGGACUGUGUCUUUGAACCCAUCUACUGGAUAGUGGACAAUGUGACUCGCUGGUUUGGGGUGGUAUUUGUGUGCCUGGUGAUUGCCCUCACCAGCUCUGUGGUGGUCGUUGUCUACCUGUGCCUGUUGCCUGUUAUCCUCAACACCUACCCACUGCAGUGGAUCAUCUGGCACCUCACCUACGGCCACUGGGUCCUCAUGAUGGUCCUCUUCCACUACUACAAGGCCACCACCACCUCCCCUGGACACCCACCACAGGUUAAAAGUGAUACACCGUCAGUGACCAUCUGUAAGAAAUGCAUCGUCCCCAAACCAGCCAGGACUCACCACUGCAGCAUCUGCAAUACGUGUAUUCUGAAGAUGGUGGGGUGGACAGAAGACUUCUUUUAGCCUCUGAGGAGUGGACUAUUUGGUGUUGAUUGUGGCCCAUGAGUCCAGGCACCUCUGGGUGUUUGGGGACCUUAAUGUGAAGUGAACUGAUGGUCCUGUCUUUAACUGUCUCCUUGUCUUGUGAACUGAUUUUAUGCGUUUUUGUACUGUUAGGUAUGUUGUCCAAAGUUGAUGUGAAGUGUGUGCUUUUUAAUUGUACUGAAGUCAAAGAAGAAGCAGUUUGGACUUUCAGUGCCAAAGAACAGCUUUCCACCAAAGGCUAGGUUCGAGCUAGAUAACCACAUGCCUUGGCCAUUGUCCAACUAUGGGUGAGUAGUCUGGAGACUUUGACAGAAUUAAAUAAACAAUAUUACCAUUCAGGCUCUAGUUAGAUCAUGGUGCUCAUGUUACUGAGCAGUGCCCCUGUCAAUAUUAGGAAUUGUCAAAAGAUUGCUAUGUGCCUUGUUAUGU